AUUGCGUGAUCAGUGACUAAAGUCACAGCGACCGACCGGCAACCAAAAGUUACUCGAGAGUAAUCUGUGCAUUUAUUUUAAUUUAGAACUCUUAUCUAUAUACAGAAUUUGUUCAAUCACUGAAGUACUGAUAUUACUUCUCAACUUAUUUGUGGUACAGUAAAUCGUAUGACUCCAAGCUCCACAACACCGCAUUGAAAAAGAGUUCAAACUUCAAGAUGGCGGACUCUAUAGAAAACAAUGAUCAGCUUCUUCGAACAAAUAAUUCACAGCCUGACGUCCCAAAUAGACCAACACGUUUCCAAAGAAUCCGGCAACUUGCGUUGAAGAACUUUUUGCCAUUAGGACUCGUAUUUCUUGUAGGAUUUGGUAUUUUAGUUCCGGCGCCCGGUGUGUUCUUGAGCGAAUUCCCAACACACUAUAUUUGCAUCGUGGGAAUAUUUUUACAUAGCGGACUCAAGCUUCGUACAGGCGAGAUCAGGGACACUAUAAGAGCUUAUAAGGCUUUAAUAUAUCAGAUCCUUGUAAUAAUGCUAUUAACACCCAUAAUUGGAGUCAAACUAACUGAGCUUUUGCCGUUUGGACGUGAGGCCCUAUUGUCAUCAAGAUCAUCAUCAACAAAUGAUGGCAUCAACAGAACAAGUAAGAUGGGCAUGAAUGAAAGUGGAAGAACAAGCCAGAAGAAUGCUGUUCUUGGGCCGGCUGAGUUUAAAACGGGAAUAGAACUGUAUCUAAUUGUCCCUUGCACCAUCUCGGCAGGGGUUGUCCUGGUUUCACAAGCUGGGGGAAACGCCACCUUGGCUCUUGUUACAACAAUCGUCUGCAAUCUUAUGGCAGUGUUCACGUUACCCGUGACGAUGAAGUGGCUAAUGUCUUUCGAAGGUGUGAAGCUUGAUGCCAUUAAUCUUCUGGUCAAACUCCUUCUCACAGUACUCCUACCUCUUGUGGUUGGCAAAGGCUUGAGGUAUAUCCCCAAGGUCAAGUCUUUUGUGAAGAGAUUUACCAACUGCUUGAAACUCCUCAGUGUAGCAUUACUGAUCAUGAUUCCUUGGAUGAAAGUGAGCAACUCAAGUGACCAGGGAGCAUUUAACUCGCUGUACAUUCCCUCAGUAUUUGCCAUCCUGACAUGGGGUGUCGGCCUGCAUGUCGUCUUCAUGGGGUUUAACCUUGUGGUGUCGCUUGUACUCAAGUUUGACCCUCCCACAUGUAAAUGUAUUGUCAUACUUGCGAGUCAGAAAUCUCUAGUUGUCAUGGUAACUGUUCUAUCUCUGCUGCCAUUUUCAAGUGCAGCACAAGGGCUGAUGGCACUGCCAGCGAUUAUAAUCCACUUGGGGGUAUUAGUGUUAGAUGCUUUUGUAGUCACAUGGUGGCACAAUAGAGAUGAAAGGAGGAAGAAAGAGCAGAACGAUAUUGUCUUAGAGACUUUAGAACAGAAAGAGGAGCCAUUAGAUCAACAGGCUGUAUUGUACGAGUCACACUUGUGAACGCUGGUUUAGACAGUAUGAUUCAGUUACAUGCAAAACUUCUACAACUUGAGUUAUAGAAUUUAAAUCAGCCUACAACUCUGCUACGAUGCUUGACUAUGAAAGUUGUAGCCUGUAAUUCAAGGCUAGGACAGGUCGAAUACGACUAAAUUGUGCUGUUUAAAUUGGCCUUAACGGGUCAAGUUAUGCGAUUAGAUUGUUUUCUAAGCCUGGCUAAACAAUGUCAGAUAAAUUUACAUGGAUAUAAUAGUCUUUUGAUUACAUCCAAGGCAUAAUUUGAAACAUCGAAACAAAAUAAAAAAUUUUGCCUAUUUGGAAA